AUGUUUAACCACAGAAGGAACAAUGAGGUCUUUACGGAAAAAAAGCCAAAAAUCGUUAAUGGGUAUCUCUUUGGAGACACGAUAGGGGAAGGAUCGUACAGCAAAGUUAAAGAGGUCCUUGAAGUUACAACCUUGGUCAGACGAGCUGUGAAAAUCAUCAAGGCUGCGCGGCUGAGGAAAAUUCCCAAUGGACGUGCCAAUGUGGAGCAGGAACUGCGAAUUUUACACAAAGUCCAUCACCGAAAUGUGAUUUCCCUUCGUGAUGUUUUCAGAAAUGGUCGUAAACAAAAGCUUUAUAUGGUGAUGGAGUAUGCAGCUUGUUCAUUGCAGCAAAUGCUGGAUGGCUCCAAAGAAAAAAAACUGCCUAUAUUUCAAGCUCACUUCUUUUUCACUCAAUUAAUUGAUGGACUAAGCUACCUUCAUUCCCAAGGGGUAAUCCACAAGGAUAUAAAGCCGGGAAACCUUCUUGUGUCUUUAGACGGAACACUGAAAAUUAGUGAUUUCGGAGUUGCUGAAUUAUUAGAUCGUUAUAGCAAGGAUGAUUGGUGCAAAAUUGCUCAAGGGACACCGAAGUUUCAGCCACCCGAAAUAAUUUGUUGGUAUGGCAUUUUUAGGGGUCGUAAAGUAGACAUUUGGGCUUCUGGCGUUACCUUGUACAAUUUGGUUAGUGGUGAAUAUCCUUUUGAAGGUGACGUGAUAAUGCGCCUGUUUGAUAAUAUUGCUAACCAGCCACUGAAGAUGCCACAAAGUGUCAGUGUUUCCAAAGCUUUGGAAUCACUGUUGACGGCAAUGUUAGAGAAAGAUCCUGACAAAAGGCUUGAUAUGGAUGGGAUAAGGAAAAGCACAUGCAGUUCAACCGGUGGUGGAGAAGUAUCGGUUGAAAAUUAUUCUGAACCGAGUAGCUCCAAAACUCACCGUUUAGCUGCAUCUGAUGGAAGUUUUCCUACAAAAAGGAAUGAUGAGUCUUUAUCAGGGCUAACCGAAACGAAACGAAAUCGUAGCAUGUACUUUUUGUGCUUCCCUAAUUAA